GCCGAGGAGCCACGCGCGGCGGCAGAAGCAGGAGCCUGAGAUUGGGAAGGGCGCCGGCGCGAGGCGAGAGCGUCAGUGCGGCGGAGUGGCGGGCGUCGCGGGGUCGCCUUGGAAACGGGCCGGGGCCGCGCGGACGGGCGCCUCGCCAUGGCGGCGGGCGUGGGGGCCCAGGGUGGCGCCAUGGGCCCGCUGGUGGGGGCCAUCGACCAAGGGACCAGCUCCACCCGCUUCUUGGUUUUUAAUGCAAAUACAUCUGAAUUGCUGAGUCACCAUCAAGUAGAGAUCCAGCAGAAAUUCCCCAAAGAAGGGUGGGUAGAACAGGAUCCAGUGGAAAUACUUCAGUCUGUUUAUGAAUGUGUGGAAAGGACGUGUGAAAAACUGAACCAGCUAAAUGUAGACAUUGCCAAUAUAAAAGCUGUUGGAGUCAGCAAUCAAAGAGAGACAACUGUGGUGUGGGACAAACUAACUGGAGAGCCUCUCCAUGAUGCUAUUGUAUGGCUUGACCUUAGGACCCAGCCUACAGUUGAGAGACUGCUUAAACGAAUUCCAGGGCAAAAUAAGUCCUUCUUAAAGAGUAAAACUGGUCUCCCACUUAGCACAUACUUCAGUGCAGUGAAACUUCGUUGGCUUCUAGAUAAUGUGCCAAAAGUCAAGCAAGCAGUUUUGAACCGGAGAGCUUUGUUUGGUACUAUUGAUUCAUGGCUGAUAUGGAGUUUGACAGGUGGGAAAGAUGGAGGUAUCCACUGUACUGAUGUGACCAAUGCCAGUCGAACAAUGCUGUUUAACAUUCACUCAUUAGAAUGGGAUGAGGAACUUUGCAAGUUUUUUGAAAUUCCUAUGGAAAUACUUCCCAAAGUGCGGAGUUCCUCAGAGAUUUAUGGAUUGAUGAAAAUCUCUCCUACCUUGAGUUCUGGAGCUUUGACUGGCAUUCCAAUUUCUGGGUGCUUAGGUGACCAGUCUGCUGCUCUAGUAGGACAAAUGUGCUUUAAGGAUGGUCAAGCAAAAAAUACGUAUGGAACAGGCUGCUUCUUACUCUGCAAUACAGGUCAAAAGCCUGCACUUUCUGAGCAUGGCCUUCUGACAACUGUGGCUUACAAACUGGGCAGAGAGAAACCAGUGUAUUAUGCAUUAGAAGGAUCUGUUGCCAUAGCUGGUGCUGUUGUUCGUUGGUUAAGGGACAACCUAGGUAUUGCACGGUCUUCAGAUGAAAUCGAGAAACUUGCUGCUGAUGUAGGCACUUCUUAUGGCUGCUACUUUGUCCCAGCAUUCUCAGGAUUAUAUGCUCCAUAUUGGGAACCUAGUGCUAGAGGCAUUAUCUGUGGCCUUACUCAGUUUACAAAUAAAAAUCACAUUGCCUUUGCUGCUCUAGAAGCUGUUUGCUUUCAAACACGAGAGAUUUUGGAUGCAAUGAACAAAGACUGUGGAAUUCCACUAAGUCAGUUACAAGUUGAUGGAGGAAUGACUAACAACAAGAUCCUUAUGCAACUCCAAGCUGACAUUCUCUGUAUUCCAGUAGUAAAGCCAUCUAUGCCUGAAACUACAGCCCUAGGAGCAGCUAUGGCAGCAGGAGCAGCUGAAGGAGUAGGAGUCUGGAGUCUCAAUCUUGAUGAUCUUACAGCAGUAACAUGUGAAUGCUUUGAGCCAAAGAUUAAUCCUGAAGAAAGCGAGUAUCGCUACAGAAGGUGGAAGAAAGCUGUAAAGAAGUCAAUGGGCUGGGAGACAUCAGAACCUCAAGAAAGUGGUGAAACUAGUAUCUUCUGUAGUCUACCUUUGGGCUUUUUUGUAAUGAGUAGCCUGUUAAUGUUAAUCGGAGCAAAGUACAUCUCAGCUUACUGUAAAUGAGACUCAUUAACAGAUUUCCAGGAAACUGCAACAGAUGAAGAGUAUUGGGGACUCUCUUCCAAUGUGAUGUCAUUGUUUUGACUUGACCACUGUCAAAAUCAUUGGACAUUUAAGGGACACUUGAAUAAGGAACAUACAAAAUAUUGCUGCUACCUGUUCCCUGCUUAAUUGUGUAAUGGGAUAGAAGCCUUGAUUAGCUUCCUCAUCUGUGAUCACUUCUUUGACAUAGGAAUAAGAAAAGCUGUACUUUUUCAAAAUCAUUAUAAUUCAAGGGCCUGGCAUUAAGUACACAUCUGUAAACUCAUAGUGGUUUUCUCCACUUCCUUGGAAAUUGCCCAUAUAAUUGUCCUGCCAAGCUCUUGAUAGAGAUGAAGGGAACAACAAUGGUUUGUAUCAUGAUCUUCACUCAAUGCUGAUGUCUUCAACUGUGCUUUUAAAAAACAAAAACCUAUAAUGAUUUAUUUUACUUUUCUUUUCAUGUGCAUUAUUUAUCAAUCCAAAGGACUCCAAAUACUGUAAGUGCCACAAGCUUCUAGGUUAAAUAUGGUUGGUUGUAUUUGCCAAAAUCACAUUUAUAUUCUUAAAUAUUUAGGCUUCUUUAUAUAUUGGCAAGUCAAAGAACCUAGCAGCAAGGAGGCCAUGCAUUGCAGGUACUAUAAUGGCAAAUUAACAGAAAACAGAAGAAAUAGGAGACCACAAUGUGAAGGCAUGAAUUAAGAUCUGAUAGAUUCAUUUCCAAUACUCUCUCUCCCGGUUAGGCUAGUCCAGAAUUAAAUUUUCUGUUUUCCAGUUGUAGAGGAGCUAGUUAUGGGAAAUUUAACAGGACACUUUGCCAUCUGUUUAAUUUGGUUUAAAAGUCUGCUUCAAAUGUUGUUUUUGGAAUCUUAAUGAGAUGGAAUAACAGGCAGUGGCAUUUGGGAUAAAAGUACUUUCAAAAUGACAUACUGUUAUAUUAUUGGUGGGAGGGUCCUAAAGUAAACAUCACUGCCAACUCUCGCUGUCCUUCUCUCUCCUUUUGUUGUUACUCACACUCUUAGACACAACAUAUCUCAGUCUUUGUGCUGGUUCAUAGUUUAAUCCCUUUUGCCUUUCCUUUUUUGUUUUUGUUUUUGUAUCCACAACUAUUUGCUGUUUUCUGUAUGGAGUACAGUAAAUGAAUAAAGAGACGGAAAUGGAAACAAAGAGGCAAAAAAGUGCAUCUUCCCUCUUCAGAUAUUACUUUUGAUGGGCUUUCAUCAGAUGCCUCCUUGAAAUUCCUCCCAGGUCCCCUAGACAUGUACCAAAUGUUUUCCAUGUUGUUUUCUUUUACUGCAAAUACUAUAAGUGGGACAGGUAAUAUAACACUAAAGUGAGUAGAAAUGAAAGCUUCUUGAAUACAGUUUGCAUUAUACUUGAAGAUGCCUCAGACUGCUGUCAUAUAAUCACGAAAUGAUUACAGAAAAUGGUUUAUUGGGGAAUGAAUGGUGUAGUCUAAUCCCAAUAGCAAAAUGUUAGUCAUAUAAUUAUUUAGCCAAUUAUUUUGUAUAAUGAAAGGGCAUGGUGACACCUUUUAAAGCAUGAAUUCACCUAAUUUGGGAUUUCAGCGCAUGAAUGUUCUGAAUGAGAGCAGUAUGCACUAGGAGCUAAAGGGAACAUUCUUGCUCUAAAUUUUACUGUGUUUGUCUUGUGUGAAAUUGCUGCACUUUUACAGAAUGUGUAAUUUAGGAAAUAAUAUUGAGAACAGAAAAUUCAAAGAAUGUUAAAUCUUUGUGGGAUAUUUAAUAUAAAUGCCUUUUCAUUAAGUGCAAUGUAAAUGAUGACUUCUGAAUAUUUAUGCAUAGGAGAAAUGUAGGAUAAUUCUUGCCAGCCAUUCUGGGUGACAAAUGUUUUAGCAUGCCAAUAAAUGUAAUGAUAAAAGGCAAGUUAGGUUGUAUCAAGACUGUGCAUGUAAUCUCAGGAGUGUGACUUGUGAAACUCAGAAUCAAAUCUGUCAUUCAGGUACCGAUACCCUUUUCACAAAGUUUCAGGACAUUACAGUGUAGUAUAUUUUUUCUAUGUGUUCUAGCAAUCAGCAGAAAAUACAGAUCUUGCCAGGCUGAAUAUGUUGCCUUUUAUUAUAAACUGCAAAGCAUUUGGACUGGGAGUACACUGUACUGUGGGUCUUGGAAAUGGAGGUGGUGCCAAAUAAUUUCUUCUUUCCCCAGACAAAUGCUAAAAAACAAAUCUAAAAUUAACUUAUAAACCACUUGUUUGUGAGCUGUCUUCACAUGUGUUUGCUACUGUGUUGUAAGGAAUUCUGGGAUGGGCAGUUUCAAUAACAGUUUCUGGGAAUAUAUAGGAUAUCACAUUAUUUUUAUAAGAUUAUAGCUACAGUUCCAAUUUUAUAAAAUUGUAAUUAAUUCCAGUUUUUCUACAUAACAGAAUCAGUAGUGGAAACCAUGUUAACUUUUUGUGAAGAUGUGUAAUUCCCCACCCGCAAAUUUAACAUUCUUAAGUGGACUAAGUGAAGGUACAAACCAACAAUACUGUUUGGGGUUGCACUACUAGGAAUAAAUGUGAUUUAAAAUGUGUUAGACCUUGUUUUUUUAAUUAUGUUUGCAAUGGAAGCUAUGAAUGAAAUAAUGAAGCCUGCUCUGUUUGUGAAAGUGCUUUAUAAAUCCACAGUCUGAUGUAAAUAAAUAAAAUUCUGGUAAUCUGG